AUGUCAUUGACAGUGGAUUCCCUUAAACAAAUCAUCACCGACAGGUUACUGGCCGUGGUAGCAGAAGUAGAGGAUGUAUCAGGAGGUUGUGGCCAGGCUUUCGUGGUAAUUAUCGUUUCGGAUGUGUUCAAAGGUAAGAAUAAGCUCAUGAGACAUCGAUUAGUCAACAAUGCUUUAAAAGAUGAAAUAGCAGUUAUUCAUGCAUUUACUCAGAAAUCCUUCACUGUGGAGGAAUGGGAGAAACAAGGAGGGAAGUUGGCCUAG